AUGGGCACCUGUGCGGAGGACAUCCAGGAAUUCACGGACACUGUGGACGAGGUCAGUCGGCUGAUCGCUGGCCUGAAAGAGGGAAAGCUGUCCCCGGAAUACCUGGACAAGAGAAUCAAAGACAGGGAAGCGGAGAAGGAGGAGAAGGACAAGCAGAAGGCCGAGGAGCAGCAGAGGAAAGAGAUAACCCCCGAAAGGCGAGAUGAGCUGAUGAGGAAGGUUGCAGCACUGCAGGAGAGGAGGGCGAAGAGGCUGGCCGCGAGGGAGCGGUAUGAUAGGUACGUGGAGGAGAACCCUGGGGGACAUUGGACGGACUACGACAAGUGGAACAUGUGGUGCCCCAGCGACGAGGAGGACGCGAUGUUCGACACGGUCAGGCCCGAGACGCCCGAGUUUCGAGCGAUGGAGAAAGACAUCGACGAUCGCCACAAACG